GUGUUAGUGCUCGUUUGCGUGAAAAAACGCGGUGCUUGGUAAAGCGGCAGUAGUAGGUGAAUCAUAGAAAUUAUGUCUGCGCUGGAAAACUCGACGGACAUUUGCUUUGAGGACCCCGAUCUCUGCCCGGAUGUCCACACCAACUGCUUCUCUCGGGAACCUUCUCUGUGCGGCGUAAGAUCCUAAACUAAAGCUUCUUUAUCUCAUAAGAUUGUGGCUCUACAUGUCCUUAACCGAUUGCAGAAAAAUACCUACUCGGAUCGCUACGACGAUGCAAGUGCUACUUGGGUCGUGCUGUGCGCCAUCCUCAUGUUCUUCAUGAAAGCGGGGUUUCUGUAUGUGGAAGUGUCAUUCAGCAAGCAAGACAAGAGAAGACGAGUUGUUCUUGCUAAAUAUAUUGACAUAUUUGCUGGGACCUUUGGCUUCUGGUUGUUUGGCUAUGCAGUGUCUGGUAACACUGACCAGGGUGAUGUGGGCGAGGAGCAGGACUACAUCUUCUGGUUCUUCAGAUACACAUUUGCCACCAACACGGCCACCAUCAUUGGAGGGACACUGGUUGGCCACGAUGUCCAGAUGAGAGCUGCUGCUGCCUUUGUCUACUCUUUUGUCAUGACGGCAUUCAUUCACCCGAGCCUUGCUCGAAUCUUCUGGUCGUCUCGCAGUGACCCCGGCCCAUUCGUCUGGUCUCCAUACGAGACUUGCAACGGGACAUUCACAGGCAACAUUGAUCACAGGUUCUCCUCCAUCCGGUCGGAGGACCUGGGCAUCGAUUUCGUCUUCUUUGACUUUGCCGGCUCUGGACUGGUUCACGUUGUCGGUGGCAUGGGAGGAUUUAUGCUGAGUCUGUUUCAUAAGCUUGAGACCUCAAAGAAGACUAGAAAGCUACAGCAGCUACCACUACUGAAGAAAGAGUUUGCAAUGGUGGAAAUUCACAGAGCAAAGCCCCAAAUCAGAGAUGAGAUGGUGCAGUCUGGGGCAGAACCAGGAGAAGAGACUAAGAAACCUCAAAGCUUCAUCCAGUGGAUGUAUCCCAGUGGAGGUGGGGAGGAGAACGUGGAGAGUGCUGCCCUCGGGAUAAUCAUACUGUGGACCACAUGGUUUGCUUUCAAUUGUGGAUCGACUGAAACCAUCGCCGGGAAGACAAGCCAUGCGGCGGUGGGUCGGAUUGCCCUCACCAUGUGCCUGGCUGCAGCAAGUGGUGGUAUCACCCAGUGCAUAGUGUCGGGACUGGUCCAGAUCUACAACAGACACGAACACUUCAACACCAACGAGAUGGCCAACGCUGUCCUCGCCAACCUGGUGGCUGUGACUGGCUGCUGCCCCUUUGUCGAUCCACCGUUUGCAAUCCUUAUUGGACCUCUAACUGUUCUGUUUUACCAUGGUGGGUGCUACAUUGAGUACUUGUUGAAACUUCAUGAUGGAGCGAGAGUCUUCCCUGUGCAUGCUGUCAGUGGUUUUUGGGGACUACUCUGUGUUGGAAUAUUUGGCCGCACCUGUCUGAUCUUGGAGGUCUAUGAGAGCCUCUGCUACUGUGUCUCCAAUGAUCUACCAAGCAAUGUACGUGUCAUAGCUCCAUUAUUAGCUAUAGUGUCUGUAAUGUCCAGGAAACUACGCGCAUUAGAGAGCCGCGGGGGCCCUGAGCUGUCGGCGUUCGUUCGAGCGCAGCAAGAACGCUACUAAGGGCCCCCUAAGGCGCUCUAAUGCGCAUAGUUUCCAUGGACGAUGCAUCUAACUGGUUUAGAGCUAUGGCAACGCGUGCGCACAAUUCAAAUUCGGUGCAUCUGAAACGGUGAACGAGCACUGCUUUCUCGCUGGGAAGUUGAGCGAGGGGCCCAGGGAGGACGUCUACAAUGGGCUCGCCUCUACCAGUACCUUCGCAGACCGCUGGGGGACUCCGCCCAGCGUAAGUGAGCCAUUGCGUAUGCGCAAAACUUAGAGUCCGGCAAGUUUGCUCUACGUGUUUAGAGGUCAGCGCAUCGACCAAUCAGAUUGCACGAUUUAAAUUACUCAGCUAUAAUCGGUGAAAAACAUGCCGGGAAUAAUUAUUAAACAGGCAGCCACAGCAAUAAGGCAAUAGAGCUACCAACACGAAAAUGACAUAGCUGUCUACCUCAUCCUCUCAGUGCCCCUAGCAUAUCCCCUCAUUUCCCGAGAUGAUUUCUGAGACUGGGACUUUUUUGAUGCUGGAGUUUCCACCAACUCCCAAACAUUCUAACAACAACAUUCUCAUACUUACCAACAUAAAAUAAACUAUAUAUAUGUCCCGAGUAUACGGAGUACAUAACAUGUUUAGUGCAGAGCAAAUCAGCUCCGUAUACGCGCACUGCGUUUCCAAGCACAGGGAAUUUGAAAGAUGCGAG